AUGGAAACCCUCAAGGCCGUCUUCUUUGGGCCCGACCCACAAGCCCAGAUGAGGAAGUGCAACGCCUUAAUACGCUCCAAUACUCGCCAGCUAGACCGCGAUUUAGCUCGCCUCAAAGUCAGUGACAGCCAGACUCGCCAACACAUCGUCAACGCCUCCAAGCGUGCCCAGCGAAACCCAUCCCAGGCGAAACAAGCAACCACUGACACCAAGGUUUUCGCGCGGGAGCUUGUACGGAUCCGAAAGCAGACGGCUCGCCUUCACACCAGCCGCGCUCAACUACAAAGCGUGGGUAUGCAAGUCAAUGAAGCUUUCUCGGCGCGCAAGAUUCAAGGGAGUCUUCAGAAGUCAACUGGGAUUAUGAAAGAUGUCAAUACUCUAGUGCGGUUGCCUCAGCUUUCGUCCACCAUGCACCAGCUUUCUUCAGAAUUAGUCAGGGCGGGUAUCAUCGAAGAGAUGGUUGAUGAUGCAAUCACAGACCCAUCCGUCUUUGAAGACGAGGAAGAAGAAGCAGACUCUGAAAUUGAGAAGAUACUGCAGGAAGUCUUGCAGGGCAAGCUCUCCCAGGCGCAACCCGUGAAUGCCCAACCGGUGCACAAGAUUUCAGAGCCCGAAUCUCCGCAAGCCGAGGAGGAGUUCGACGACCAAGAAGCAACGCUCGAGCAGAUGCGCGGGCGGUUGGAGGCCCUCAAGAGCUAG